UUUAAAUACAACAUUUAAUGGAUAGCGGCAUUGUUUUAUGCGAAAUUGCCGAUGAAAUCCUUGAUUUGGAGGACCCAGAGCAUCCCUCAGAGUUCUGUUGCCUCAAGCGGCGAUGGCGAAUCAAGGAAUUUCUGGCCGAGCACGCCGACGUUAUUGUGAUUGCCGUGCAAAAAAGCCAGAAAGCACGCACCAGAAGGCUGUGCUUUAGGGCCAUCCAGCAGGACACUGGCCAAUGGAGCUUGGUGCUUCGCCAUGAGCAGACCCACAUCCGAAUCCGUCCCAUCGAGCUGGAACUGGCUGAGAUCCUGCUCCCGCUGGUGUUCAAGGAUUACGCGACCAGCCUGGAGUUCGAGGUAGCUCGCCAAGAGCUGGAACACCAGCAGCCCCUCAAGACCUAUGUGAGCACAAAGCUGUUCGAUGCUCUCUACGAAAGGCAUCGCCAGGCAGCGGAUCCAAACCAGGAGACGGCUUUGGAUAUGCCACAACGAUUUCAGUCGCGCUUAAGGAAGUACCAGGAGCGUACGGUCUCCUGGAUGCUGGGCCGGGAGCAGCGCCCAACAGAGCUGCCCGCCAAGUACACGCCCCUGCAAGCCGUCGACGGACAAAGUCGCGUCUUCAAGCACAACUACUGCCUGCAGUUCUACCCUUACGAGGAGGAGCUGCCCAAUAUUUGCCUGCCCCCUGGCGGCAUUCUGGCCGAUGAAAUGGGUCUGGGCAAGACCGUGGAGUUCCUGGCCAUGUUGCUGCUAAAUCCCCGACCCAAGGAAACCUAUAGAAACGAAUACUGGCUCCGGCUCUUGGACGACUUGGGCGACGAGCUGCCGCUGAAAAGGAAGCGCAAAGAGGGGAGGCAGGAUUUUUGCAUCUGCUUGAGAAAGGGUGGAGCAAGGAUGCAGUGCAGCAAGUGUGGCCGCUGGCAGCAUAAACACUGCAUGGGCACUCAGAGUACCGCAGACCUGCCUCACCUGUGUCCUGAAUGUUGGUCCGAGCUGGCAAAGACCAGGGAGAUCUUGGUGGAAACUGGAGCCACCUUCAUAGUUUCACCCUGUGCCAUCAAGAUGCAGUGGUUUCACGAAAUGAAGAAGCACAUCUCGCCUGGCUUAAAGGUGUUGUUGUAUCGCGGCUUGCACGCCGGCAGCUGGGUGAAUCCCCUGGAGCUGGCCCAGUACGAUGUGGUGCUCACGGACUACAGCAUACUCCGCAACGAGAUUCAUCACACGGCGGACAAAAAGUCGGAUCGACAAAUGCGUCACCAGCAGCUGUACAUGCGGCCCAGCUGCCCGCUGCUGAUGGUCAACUGGUGGCGAGUGUGCCUGGACGAGGCGCAGAUGGUGGAGAGCACCACCUCGCAGGCUGCGGAGAUGGUUAGGCUGCUGCCCGCUGUUAACCGCUGGGCGGUGACCGGCACCAUUGAUGACCUAAAGCCUCUGCUAGAGUUUGUGGGUCGCACGGAAGCCUGCCGGCCCCCAGAGGCCUGGCAAACCAUAGACAAGGCCUUUCAGUUGAACUUCAGGCCGGAACCUUUGCUGGAGGUCCUAGAGCUUAGCUUGUGGCGCACCUGCAAGUCCAAAGUAGAGCACGAACUGGGCAUUCCUCCCCAGACUCAAGUGGUGCAUCGACUGGAACUGAGCAAUGUGGAGUCCUUGUACUACAGGGAGGAGCACCAGAAGUGCCAUCAACAGUUCCUGGAAGCCGUGGCCAAGCAUACGCGUUAUAAUGCAGACAACAGCUCCUCCUCCUUGGCGGCCAUCUCGCCGCAAUUGCUGCGCCUUAUCCUCAAGCCCUUCUUGCGCAUUCGCCAGACCUGCUCGGUGCCUGUGGUAAUCAAUAGCAAUGUGGCCAGCAAUUGCUAUCUGAAUCCUCAAGAGCUUCUGGCCAGAUUGAAGUCCAACAAUGAAAUUGAGUGCAAAACAGAGCUGCGCAGCUGGGCCUCCUCCUACAAUGGCCUGGCCUCCAUACACUUUAUACGGGAGGACUUUUCCGAGGCCAUCAGGUACUACAAGCUGGUGCUAAAGCUGGCCGAGGACUACAACCAGGAGAAUAUAUCGGUGGACAGCGUGCUCCAAAUCCAUGCCAUAUUCAAUCUCCUCCAGGCCAGUGAGCUGGCUGCUACUCCCGACCAGCUUUCCGACCAGGAGAAGCUCAACUAUCAGGCGCAAAUGAAGCGCUUGGAGUGGAAGUAUCUGGAGGACAACACAGCUGUCCUGGAGGCAGCUCUAAAUGCCUACGAAACCAAGCUUAAGGAGGUAAACCAGCUUGAAGUGGAAAACGAGAGCAACUGCGUUGAACUCCUCUCCGCAGUGGUGCACCACCAGCCCACACUUCAAAAUGCCAUGUGGAACAAGAUGCUGGAAGAGUUUAUGCGCCAAAACUUAGCCGCGGACAAGAUCAGGGAUGUGGACAGCAUGGCCGGCCUGGUGUAUUAUGUGGAUAUUUGGUACCAAAAAUUAAACAAACUGAAGAACACUUUGCUCUUGGAGUUUGUGUACCUUAAGGAGGUGAUGCAAUCAGCUUGGGGGUCUGUUAAAAAAGGAGAUGGACUCCCGCAGAAGAUCAUCAAUUUUAUAGGCAGCGUCACCGAUUGUCACUUGGCGGUUAUAUUGGAAGACAAGCCUUAUGAUAAGCCAGAAAAGCCGAAGAAGCAACGUCAUUGUCGCCUGUGCAAAAUCAGGGAUUCCUUGAACCAAUUCGAGUGCCUGCUUUUUGCCAAGGAGCUCGAGGAAGAGGCUUUGGCUGCCGAGGGUCUAGAGAAGCCCAGUCUGGAGAUUUGUUUAAUUAAAGCCAUCUUCGCCUUUGUCCGCUUAAAACCAGACUUUAGCGAAUGGCAACUCGAGUGUCAAAACCAGCUCGAGGUUCUAGCCUCCUUGCAAAGCCUGGUCAAGUGCCAGAUCAAGUACUGGAUCGAAGUCGAGUACAUGGUGAAGGCCUUCGAUGAGCUGGAAAUGUGCCGUAUGCGCAUUCUGCUCACCGAUGAUCCUGAGAAGCAGUCCAACUACCGCAUCCACCAUUGCCAGCUGGAGGAGCAGCUGCAGUUCAAUUUGUCCAAUCUAAACGAGGCGCAGCUGAACUUUACCCGCCUCUGCGGCAGGCUAAAGUACCUAAAGCACCUCAAGGAAGAUGCCACCGACAAGCCCUGUCCCAUUUGCCAAACCCAGGACGAUUUGAGGUACGUGAUGAUGGUUUGUGGCCACUUUGUAUGCCAGCACUGUCUGGAUACCAUGCGCAGCAGAUUGGACAAAGGGGAAGGGACCAAGUGCCCACUUUGUCGUCAGGACUCGCCACAAUUGUAUUACUCGAUACGCCGUGGUGCCCACAAGUCCAUAGCUGGUGACUUUUCCACCAAGAUUGCCUAUAUUGUGGAACUCGUCUUGAAGAUCCGAGAGGCUGAUGAAACGGAAAAGGUACUCAUCUUCUCGCAAUGGCAGGCUAUACUCAUGCAAAUAGGCAGAGCCUUGCAUUUCAAUGGCAUUCAAUUUCGCAGCAAAUGCACCAACAAGGAGUUUGAGGAUUUCAAGAAUCCCAAAAACAAGAUUACCUGCCUGCUAAUGCCCAUUUCCAAGGGCUCCAAGGGUCUCAAUCUGAUCGAGGCCACACAUGUCUUUCUGGUGGAACCAAUACUAAAUCCCGGCGAUGAACUCCAGGCCAUAGGUCGCAUCCAUCGCUUUGGCCAAACAAGACCCACCAAGGUACAUCGCUUUAUAGUGAAUAGCACCAUAGAGGAGAACAUUCUGUCACUUAUAACCUCAGCCGAUGACACUGAAACUCUGUCCACUCACUGGGACUUGGAGAAUAUGUCGCUGGAUAGCCUCAAGAAGCUAUUCAUACUCAAGGAUAAGGAGUAGUUAUAAGAGAAAGG